GGGUGAACUAAAAAAGUGGGUUAACAGUACUUUGGUGCCUAACAACACUGUUGAUGCUUUACUUCGAAUCCUUAGAACUACUGGAAAGCAUCAGGAUUUGCCUGCAACAGCACGCACUUUAAUGGGAACUGGUGGAAAGGACAAAUUUUCUCUAAGUAAUAUUUCUGACAUGACUGUUCACCAGUUUGAUGUACGCACAGAGAUGAAACGUGUUUUAAACAGAUUUCCAGAAAGAACCCUCCGCCAGCAUAAUACUUUAUUAUUAUCCUUGAAUUACGACGGCCUUCCUUUAUAUAAAUCGUCAAGUAAAGUUUUUUGGCCCAUUCUAGCAACUUUUAGAAAUUUAAUUCCUACAAUCAUUUUCCCUCUUUUGAUUUGCUUUGGAACAUCAAAACCGUCUAAUUUACUUUUUCUGAAUCCAUUGAUUGAUCAACUGAAUACCGUUAUUUCAAAUGGAUUAAAAGUCAAGGGUUUACAAUUCAAAGUGUUUCUAAAUUCUAUUGUUGCUGACGCCCCUGCGCGUGCUCACCUUAAACAGGUUAAAGGGCAUGGUGGCUAUUAUGGUUGCGGUCAUUGUACAGAAAAAGGUAAGAGAGUUGAUCGCCGAAUUAUUUACCGAAAAACCAAGAACCUUACUCCAAGGACAGAUCAUUCUUUUAGAACCAAGUCUCAGGAGAAUCAUCAUAUUGGUAACACCCCCAUGUGCAACAUAUUUGGGCUUGACAUGAUUAAAGAUUGGAGUGUAGACUACAUGCAUUCCUGUUGCCUUGGAGUUAUGAAGAAACUUCUGCUUAUUUGGUGUCGAGGAGAGAAACAUUUGCGCUUACCAGCAUAUAAAAUUCUAGAGCUUAACAGGCGAUUGAGUGCUAUCAAAUCUGGAAUUCCUUCAGAUUUUGUAAGGAAACCUCGAGGUCUUGACGAAAUCGAUCGAUGGAAGGCUACUGAAUUACGACAGGCAGGCAUUGCAUUCACAUCAUCACAGAGAUUACUAUUUUCUAUAUAUAUAUAUAUUGUUCAAAGAAUUUUGAGGUCAUGCGACGUGAAGCAUUAUGUUUAGAGUAAUCCUUUUUGAAUAAAAUGUGAAGUUUUAAAAAACUGAAAUAUAUAAAUGCAUGUAUUUUAAACUAGUCAGAUUUUGUCUGAUGGUGAACAAUGUCAUAUCUAUGGUUUUUUUAUAAAAUUAUUUAUGCUUACAAGAUAGAACACAUAGUUUAUAUGUAUCAUCAAGAUUUAGAAGGAUAAACAAUGAUCUGAAUGUGCCUUAAAUGAACCAUUAUUUACUGCUCCAAUUGACCUUUUUUUGCA